GUUGGCGGUCUACAGAUAUUCCGCAUAGGCAUUUUCGGAUUCACACUGACACCGUGGAAAUGGUUUAGUCCUAGGAUGGCGGCUGCUGUGGGUGUAAACAAGCAGGGGACCGCAGCAACGAUGGACGUCUGUGUUCGGCACGGCAGAGGGGCCACAGGCAACACGGUGAAGGUGUUGGAGUGUGGAGUGUGUGAGGAUGUCUUCUCUCUCCAAGGGGACAAGGUCCCCCGGCUGCUGCUCUGCGGUCACACGGUCUGCCAUGACUGUCUGACCCGGCUGCCCCUUCAUGGUAGAGCCGUCCGCUGCCCCUUCGACAGACAGGUCACUGAACUGGGGGACUCUGGUGUGUGGGGUCUGAAGAAGAACUUUGCUCUGCUGGAGCUUCUGGAGAGGCUGCAGAAUGGAGCGUCCAACCAGUUGGGCAUGGCAGAGGAUGCCCUCAAAGGCAUGGGAGAGAGUAUAAUCCGCUGUGACGAGGACGAGAGCCACACGGCGUCUAUGUACUGCACGGUGUGUGCCACCCACCUGUGUGCAGACUGCUCCCAGCUCAUCCACUCCACCCGCACCCUGGCCAAGCACCGGCGGGUGCCCCUGGCAGACAAGCCCCACGAGAAGACGCUGUGCCUGCAGCACCAGGUCCACGCCAUCGAGUUUGUCUGUCAGGAGGAGAUCUGCCAGCCUGGGCCACUCAUGUGCUGCGUGUGCAAAGAGUACGGCAAGCACCAGGGACAUAAGCAUGCAGUUCUGGAGGCAGAGGCCAAUCAGAUCCGUGCGUCCAUCCUGGACAUGGCCCACUGUAUCCGGACGUUCACAGAGGAGGUGUCUGAGUAUUCCAGGAAGCUGGUUGGGAUCGUACAGCAGAUCGAGGGAGGAGAACAGAUAGUGGAGGACAGCAUCGGCAUGGCACACACUGAACAUUCGUCUGUGGGUGUUCCCCAGGUCCCAGGCACGGCAGAGAGUGCACGGUCCUGCGUACGGGCUUACUUCGCUGACCUCCACGAGACGCUGUGCAGACAGGAGGAGAUGGCGCUCAGCGUAGUAGACGCCCACGUCCGAGAGAGACUCAUCUGGCUCCGGCAGCAGCAGGAGGACAUGACCAUCCUGCUUUCCCAGGUCUCCACUGCCUGCUUGCACUGUGAGAAGACACUACAGCAGGAUGACUGCAGGGUGGUUCUGGCCAAGCAGGAGAUCAACAGACUGUUGGAGACUCUGCAGAAACAGCAGCAGCAGUUCACUGAGCUGGCCGACCACAUACAGCUAGACGCUGGUAUCCCCGUCACAUUCACCAAGGACAACCGGGUCCACAUCGGUCCAAAGAUGGAGAUCAGGGUGGUGACCCUGGGACUGGAUGGUGCAGGGAAAACCACCAUCCUCUUCAAGCUGAAACAGGAUGAGUUUAUGCAACCAAUCCCUACCAUAGGUUUUAAUGUGGAAACAGUGGAGUAUAAGAAUCUCAAGUUCACCAUCUGGGACGUUGGUGGAAAACAUAAGCUACGACCUCUCUGGAAGCACUAUUACCUGAACACACAAGCCGUGGUGUUUGUGAUUGACAGCUGUCACAGAGACAGGCUGAUGGAGGCCCACAGUGAGCUGGCAAAACUGCUGACAGAGAAAGAGCUGAGAGACGCCCUGCUGCUCAUCUUCGCCAACAAACAGGAUGUCCCCGGGGCUGUUUCAGUGGAGGAGUUAACGGAGCUACUGAGCCUUCACAAGCUGUGCUGUGGGAGGAGCUGGCACAUCCAAGGCUGUGACGCCCGCAGCGGCACGGGGCUCCACGAGGGCCUGGACUGGCUGUCCCGACAGCUGGUGGCUGCAGGCGUACUGGACGUGGCCUAAACCUCCCGAUGACUGACGUCUGUUACCCAGUCUCACCCCUUAUCCUCUUACCCUAGAACUACCCCAUAACCCAUUGAUACCCUAGAGACCAGUUCCACUAUAUGCCUACCCCUGUCACACCUACCUAAACUUCUUACUUGAUGAUUGACUUAAAAAAAUAAAAAACGUAUCCUUUAAAAUAGACCCAGUCCUACCACAAUCCUAAAGACCAGCCCUACCACAGUCUCAUCCCAUAACAUUCACCCAGUUCCACUUCAGUCCUACCCCAAAUCCCACACCCUUCACCCCUAUACUCAGGCCCUAGUCCUAUCUUAUACCCAUCCAUACCCUACAUCCCGGACCCCAUAGCCUACAUCUCUGUUCUACCUACCACACCCACUGUUCCCACCCCUAACCUGUGGAUAAGCUUCUAACCCAUAGCCAGUGAAUCCAUCAUUAGUCCGAAUGCUUUGUGCUCUGCUCUGUCUUGGCUAAAAGGUGUGCUAAUAAACCAGGCCAGGUUAUAGGGAUUCCCUCAAGCUUACUAAACUAACCUGCUUAUAAGAAUACACAUUCCCAUAUCGCCUCAAUGAAGAUCGUACGAGGUGGUUAAUUUCAUGGCGAAACUCCGUUGUAGAUGUUUUUCCUUGGCUGACCAGUGUGCAGUUUGAUCUACUAGUCAAAGUUGAAAUAAUUGAGUAGAUAAAUCACUUAAGCCCUGACAAAGUGAAUAGGAUCUGUGUUCCUAUACUGUAUAUAUUAGCAAAUGUCUAACCAGUGCAUCCCUGUUCAGUCUUGUGCAAAAUAUAUGAAUAUAAGUUGGACAGCACAUGUUGACAACUGUCCUCCAUUUAACGUCUUCCUAAGGAGCUGAUGUAUUCUCUAAAACCAAACCUAAAGCAGUUAUUCACACCCUCUAAGACAUUUACACACAGGUCAAUUAUUUAGGUCAUUUUUUUUGUUCAGAGGACUAAGUGACUAUUCUACUCUUUAGGGCUUUAGACAAAUGUUUUAUUGAAACAAAUGGUCCAAUAUCCUGAAUUUGGCUUUAUGGCACUGCCUUCAUGUCAUGUCAUAAUAGGAAUUGAUGGUACCAUAUUAUGGAUAAGGUCUAGCAUUUAUUGGUGGGGGUCUUCGGUACCAAUGCACUUGACUGAUGAUUUUAUGUAAUGCUCCAUCAGGUCUUAAAAUGACACAGGUUUGGUUCAGCUACUAUUUACUUUGUUUAAAGUGUAUUUUACAUUAAAUAAUGCAGUUUACUGAAAUCUGUUUCAAUCAAUUUGAGUUGAUUGAAACAGACUUUGCUGAGAUAUUGUAGCUCUGGUGAGAAACAUCUGAGCGUUUUUAUAUUCUUGCCUCCUGUUUUGUGGAGUGUUUUUUGUGCAGAAUGCAUUGGUACAUCUGGGUUGUGUUCAGGAGGGUGCAACGUUGCAGAUACAUGUUUAGAGCUGACAUGAUUCCUUCAUUAAUUGACAGGAUGAUCUACACAAUAUUUAUCUGAAUGUUCCAUAAUGUUGUGCCCUACAGAAUGUGACCCUGGCUUCAUUUGAAACCAAAUGAAAAAUAAUAUCUGCUGUUGACUAUAGGACUCCAGGUUUGAAUUCUGUCAUUGCAAAAAUAAAUGCAAUUACAUCA